ACCUUGCAGCAACCCACUUACUAGAAUUACUUCCUUCUCUGGGAACCAGGACCUAACAAACUUCCUGACGUUUGCCUUCUUCCUCCUUCUCGGAACAUCUCUUCUUGUUCGACAUGGCUCAUCAGAGAUGACCCAUCCCCCACUACAACUAAUAAUACAAACCAGCCUGUACCAACAACAUCUGUCGACGGCAAUUCACAACCCAGCAGUGGUGGAAGAAAGCGAACAUCCAAGUGAAUGGGACACGGCAGUCAGGAACCCGUUACUUCACCAGCUUCCCCCAACUACAACGUACAAGUCCUUGCUCAUUCACCACGGCCCUCAACACCUUCAUUAGGAAUCUCGUACAUAAUCUGUCUCUUUGUCACUUUCUCUUCUCUGUCCUUUACUAGAAUCGCCAAAACCCGACUUGAUCCCACAUGUCUUCAGUCGCCCUCCCUUCGAACUUUCGCCCAUACCUCCCCUCCCCAAGCUAUUGCGCAUCGUAUCCUUUGCGCCCUCACCAUACACCAACUCGAGGUCUCGACAAGCCGCAAGAUACCCAUUUUAAGGGCCUUCGAACUCCGCCUACCGACAGCAACAUGAAUGCCACAUAUCAACACUCCGUGCUAUCUAACACGUACAACAAUCAUGUCACCCUAGCCAGGCAGCCCAAUGCUGUAAUGACGAGUCGAGCCGGGGGAGCCUUCUGCGAUGUCGUGAACCCAUUUCCACCUACCCAGCAUACGCAACCGCCCACCCAAUCGCAAUAUCAUCUACAGCAACCCGUUCAGACGAUCGGACCCCAACAACCACAGCUGCAGCCAACAUCACGGCCUUCAACUAGACCAACCACCCCUGCGUCUACUGGAACCCUUAGCGUUCAUUCAGAAGGCACUGUGUCCAGAAGGGAUUCGACCCUGGUGACACAUAGUCUACAGCUCCCUAAAUGUAUUAGCCUAAAUGGAGGAAAUCUGGACGAUUUUGCUGCGCUGAUGACAUGCUUCUUCUGGUUCGAGACGAUGGAUACGAUUCAUGACGCGGAACAUAUCAAGGAACGUCCAUUAUCGAAACCAAUCCCUCCAUUAUCCAAGUAUACCGAACCCUGCCCUGCCUACAAACAAUGGGUCAACAAAAUUCUUUCGACGACUCAGGUUACUCAAAACGUGGUUCUGUUGGCGCUCCUAUUCGUAUACCGACUGAAGAAGGCGAACCCAGUGGUCAAUGGUAGCCCUGGUAGCGAAUAUCGGCUGUUGACUGUGGCGCUUAUGCUGGGUAAUAAAUUCUUGGAUGAUAACACCUACACGAACCACACCUGGGCCGAAGUCUCAUCAAUCUCCGUGAAGGAAAUCCACAUUAUGGAAGUAGAAUUCCUCAGCAACAUGCGAUAUAGCCUAUUGACGUCGAAGGAUGAAUGGGACGAGUGGCUCAAUAAGUUAGCUUGCUUCCACGAAUACUACGAGAGGGCGGUGGCGGAAGAGAGACGCCGGCAAGCUCAUCCUCCCAUGCCGAUGAGCAUCCCAUCGCCGUCCCAUGGAAGGUAUACUUCUCCAGUACCAUCGCCAACUGGCGUCCUGUCAUCGACCGGUCAAGGUAUGCCGUCUACGCUUGCAGCCGCUUACUCGCCCGACGCGGGAUUCCUACGCAACGCCUACCACUCGACCCCAUCAGUUUCACCUCUUGCAACAAAACCGAGUCUUGGGCAUCCUCUAGUGAGAAAGAGGAGUCUCGAAAGAAGUCAGGAAGAUAGUGAUAUCGUCGAGCCCGCUCCGAAGAGAGUACCACGACAGCCGCUUACAAUGAUGCCAAUAAAUCGACCCCAGGAUAAUACAGACAAAGUGCGUUUACCGGUGCCGCAUCUAACUUUAGACACCAGCCAGACAGUAAGCCCGCUCGCAUACCCCCAGCCGACAUAUCCUGCCCAACCGGUGGUAUCUCUACCCCCAUUGGGCCACGGAAUGAGAGCGAUGUCGACGGUGUUCCCUACCACGACAGGAUGGACCUCGCAAGGACCGGUAUUAGCGACAUGUGGACCGCAGACCCCAUCUUAUGUCAUGGCACCAAAUUAUGGCACACCUACCAAACGAUCAAGCCCCACAAACCUGACUCCUUUUAACUCAUCACCACUGGGCGAGGCGUAUGGAAUUCACACACCCAUCUCCAAUUCGCCUCUUGUUUAUCUACAACAACGUGCAAGCCCUUAUAAGCCCGUUCGCCGUGUGAACACCCUCCUUAACCCCCCUCCGUCUAUUCCUCUAUCUCAGUACCAUUUAGGGUCAAGCCAGAUGCAUUACCAGCCACUGGGUCGCCGAAAUGACCUGCGAUCUGGCAUUGUCCCGGAAUUUUUACCCGCAUACGCUGGCCAACGACCCCCAACUCAUCUUUAUUAAUCGAUGUUUCGUUUCUCGUUUGAUUUUCGCAGCAUUCUCUGAGAUCUCACCACAGACACUACAUCUAUUGUUCAUAUUUUGCUUUCGACACAACAACUGCAUAGGCACCGGCGUUGGAAGGUGACAAUACAUACAGUCGACAUGAUCUCGACACCUCACGGGAAAGGACAUUAUUGUGGUUCUU